AUGGCUUCGUCCGCCACCACAACAAUUUCUCUCGUCGGCCCGCCGGAGAUCCACCGGAAGUCUACCCCUCUCGUCGCCCCCGACCCGGCCGCCACAGGAGAUCAGUUCAUGGACCUCAUGGUGGCCAACUUCAACAAGACGGCGGUCCCGGCCCCCCUCCCACCCAUGGGCUUCACCGAGAACUUCUCGCCGACCUUUCUCUCUUCCGGAAACCCCUGCCUGGACUUCUUCUUCCACGUCGUUCCCGACACGCCGCCGGAGGCCCUCGCCCAGCGCCUGAAGCUCGCCUGGGAGGACGACCCGCUGAAGGCUCUGAAGCUCGUCUGCAACCUCCGCGGCGUUCGCGGCACCGGCAAGACAGACAGGGAGGGAGGGUACACGGCGGCGCUGUGGAUCCACGAGAACCAUCCCAAGACCCUCGCCUGCAACGUCGCACCCCUGGCCAAGUUCGGCUACUUCAAGGACCUCCUCGAGAUCCUCUUCCGCCUCGUCGAGGGCCCCGACGCUCGUACACUGGCUAAUGCGGCUUACUGGAGUUGGAAAUCGAGCGGCUCACGCCGGGCUCGUGAGCUUGCCAAACGCCUGCAGGCCAAAAAACCCGAACCGAUGGCCCCACGCUAUGGCGGCAUAAGGAAGAAGACUCACGGCCGGAUGAGGAGGACAUCCAACCGGCCGAGCAACUCCAAUGAGUGCUCGAACCAGCCGAAACUAAGCAACGAGGAGAAGAGGCUUGAGCGGGCCAAGAAGGCCUCUGAUAGGUUCAGCCGCGACCCUGAUUACAGAUUCCUCCACGAGCGCGUGUCGGAUUACUUUGCCCUGUGCUUGCGGUCGGACAUGGAGAUGCUAAACACCGGCCAAUCGAACAAAAUCAGCCUUGCCGCCAAGUGGUGCCCCUCCCUGGACUCCUCAUACGACCAGGUGACUCUGCUUUGUGAGCCCAUUGCCAAGAAAGUCUUCCCGAGGUCUGAAUAUCCAGAAUAUGAAUUAGUCGAGGAGGCCCACUAUGCGUAUCGUGUUCGGGACCGUUUACGUAAGCAGGUUCUUGUCCCUCUUCGUAAAGCCCUCGAGCUGCCAGAGGUUUACAUGAGCGCGAAACAGUGGAGUACACUCCCUUACAACAGGGUAUCCUCUGUUGCCAUGAAAAUGUACAAGCAGGUGUUUGUGGAACACGAUGAGCAGAGGUUCGGGGAGUAUCUCGAGAAGGUUGACAAGGGUGAGGCCAAGAUUGCCGCUGGAGCUCUGCUUCCGCACGAGAUAGUCGCAGGACUUGAAGACGGUGACGACGGCCAGGUGGCGGAGCUUCAGUGGAGGAGAAUGGUGGAUGACAUGGUGAAGUUUGGGAAGCUGAAUAAUUGUUUGGCAGUCUGUGAUGUGUCGGGGAGCAUGGACGGGAUUCCAUUGGAUGUAUCAGUGGCUCUCGGGCUUUUGGUGUCUGAAUUGAGUGAGGAGCCUUGGAAAGGGAAAGUGAUUACGUUCAGCGAAAGUCCCCAGCUUCAGACAGUCGAGGGUUCCAGCCUGAAGGAGAAGACUGAGUUUGUAAUGGAGAUGGAUUGGGGCGGGAACACGGACUUCCAGAAGGUGUUUGACUUGCUGCUUCAGGUGGCGGUGGAUGGGAAACUGAAGCCGGAUCAGAUGAUCAAGAGGGUGUUUGUUUUGAGUGACAUGGAAUUUGACCAGGCGUCUAUGAACCCAUGGGAGACUGAUUACGAGGCGAUUGUGAGGAAGUUUGGUGAGAAAGGGUAUGGAGAAUGUGUGCCGGAGAUUGUGUUUUGGAAUCUGAGAGAUUCUCCGGCGACUCCGGUGGCGGCGGGGCAGCCGGGAGUGGCGCUUGUGAGUGGUUAUUCGAAGAAUAUGAUGAAGGUGUUUUUGGAGGAAGGUAGGAUUCUCAGUCCCCAGGCUGUUAUGGAUCAGGCGAUAGCGGGCAAAGAGUCUACAGAGAAAUGUGGAGGAAAGGGCAACAAGCUGGAUAGCUUCGGGUACAACAUGCUGCUGCUUCACGCCCUUGCUAAAGAUGAAGAGAAGCUGAAGGAGUCGGGUGUGACUCCGGACUCCAGCACUUGGCAAAGUGGUUCGCAGAGGAAACACAUAAUACGAAAGCAGAACCCGAUUACUGGUUCGUUGGGUUGUGAGCCCAUUGAGGUGAUCCGAUCCCAGGCGAGGGGGAAAAGUUUUCGAAAUAAAAAUUGUUGCUGGCAUUGA